AAAAUUACAUUCUGUAAAAAUUUGCCUGAGCACAUUCUGUGGGAAACAUCUGCCGAGCUAGUAGUACUAAUAACGAUCAUAUUUAAACUAAUAAUUUUAAACAUGACUAUCGGUGACUUAAAAACUGAAAAGGGUGUUGCAGCUUUGGACUUUUAUCUUUCAGAUCGCAGUUAUAUUGAAGGUUGGCAACCAUCACAGGCUGAUGUAGCAGUAUUUGAAGCACUUAAUAAAGUUCCAACAGCAGCGACAUCACAUUUAUUGAGAUGGUAUAAUCAUAUAAAAUCGUAUGAACACAGUACCUUACCUGGUAAAAAAUCAAUAUCUCCAUUAAACAAAGAUGAAUCGAGAGUAAAGGAAAUUAAAGAUACUGCUGCUGAUGAUGAUGUUGAUCUCUUUGGUUCUGAUGAAGAUGAUGAUGAAGAAGCAGCAAAAAUAAGAGAAGAAAGAUUAAAAGCUUAUGGAAAAAAGUCUAAGAAGCCUGCUUUAAUUGCGAAAUCUAGUAUUGUUAUUGAUGUUAAACCAUGGGAUGAUGAAACAAACAUGAGUGACAUGGAGAAAGUUGUUAGAUCUAUUGAAAUGGAUGGUCUUGUAUGGGGUGCAUCUAAACUUGUCCCAGUUGGUUAUGGAAUUAAGAAAUUACAAAUCAUGUGCGUUGUUGAAGAUGAAAAAGUCUCUGUUGAUGGAUUAGUUGAACAAAUUCAAGAGUUUGAAGAAUUAGUACAAUCUGUAGAUAUAGCAGCAUUUAACAAAAUAUAAAAAUUUAUUUACUUUGUAAACAAAUAAAUGAUUGUCUGGAUGUAUUAUUAUUUCUUUAUUUUGUAAUCAAAGUACAGAAAUCAUUUAAAAAGUA